AUGGCUCUAGCUCGUUUGGCUUUGAGAAACCUUCAACAAAAGUUGUCUCCUACUUUGAUGGGUCCAAAUUGUGAAAGGGGCUUAGGACAUAACAAGAGGAUACUGAGCAGAUUCAUGGCUACUUCUGCUGGUGAACAAGAGCAAAAGAAUAACACUGAAGUAAGUGUCUCUGAGAAGAAAUCUCCUCGACGGAUUUUCCCCCGGAGACGUGGCCGGAGAAGUCUCUGGCGUAACACCGACGAUCGUGACUACUUCGUUCCCGCACUAAAUGGUAUGAUUCUGUUACUAUGA